AUGGAAGUUCAUACAAAAUUAAAUAUUCUUAAUUGUUAUCGUGAAAAAAUAUGUACUUAUAAGACACCGAAACUUACUGGAAUAACAAAAAGAAAACAUGUUGAAGAUUUUAUCUUAAACAAGUGUAGAAAUUUCAAGCAUCCAUUUGAUAUUCAAAUAUAUGAUAAAGAUGAUGAUUUUGUCACUUUGGAUGAUGAUUAUUUGAAAGACUAUGAUCCUUUUAAAGCUAAAACAAUCGACACAACUACUGUUCAACCAAUCAACUCACCAACACCUACAGUGGUAGUGCAAAUUAUCUUGUUAAUUUUGGAACCAGUCAUCCAGAAAAAUGAACAUGUUCAAGAAAUUGAUCAAUUUGUGUCGGUUUCAAAGCUGAAAAAAUAUCUUACUGUACAGUUAUCUAACGAACCAAAAAUGGGCUUUAUUCCUGGUUACAAUGUUAAUAGUGAACAAAGAGACCAACUCAAAUUAAUAGCGGUUGUAAUUGAAGGAGCAAAAAAACAUCCUGAUGUUUCCCUAAAUAUUUUAUGUCAGCUUGAAAAUACCUAUGAAAGCGAAUUACCAGACUCAUCAUAUGAUUAUAAUAAAUCUCGUCUAGCCCUUGUUCUACAAAAAGAUGAUGUUAUUCAAUGGGAAACUAUUGUUCUAUCCAACGAAAUGGUUUUUAAAAGAAAUAUUGCAAAUCAACGAUCGAAACGUAUCAAAAAAACUAGCGAAGAAGAUCAUUCAUUAAUGACAAAUCUCUCUACAGACAUUAAUGAUUCUUUUACGUAUCUCAAUCAGGGUCUUCCAGUGUAUUAUAACGAGAGGCAAGUUACAGGUAUUACAUCUCAAACAACAUUAAAUACCUCACCAUCCGACACAGAACUUCUCUCAAAUUUAUUUCAAACCAACUACUUAUCCGUAGAUUCUAUUCAUAUAAAUAAUAAUUAUCCUGAUAUAUUUGAUUAUUCUGAUCAUAUAAAUACGAACAACAUCAUGCUAAAUGCUGAUCCUUCAUUCUGUGAUACUACUGAUGACGAUGCUGAUUUACACAAUUUGUAA